AUGCUCUCAAACGCGAGCUUUCUGCUGCGUUCGGUCACGAGGAGUCCGAAUAUUACGCACACCUUUGUCUCCAGAAAUGAUUCUUUGCCAGUUGACCGCUGGACAGAAAGAAUGGCUUUACCGAUAUUAAUGUUUGCUGGGGGCGCCGUCGGGAAUAUAAUAGCAAUCAUCGUUCUGUCCCUAUCGAGACAGGAGAGGAAAAGUUCUGCGUUCUACACUCUGGUGUGCGGGCUGGCAGUGACCGACUUGUUGGGUACGUGUCUGGCCAGCCCGCUGACCAUCGCCAACUACUUGGACCGACAGGUGCUGCAAGGCGGGACCCUGUGCGACUUUCACUCUUUCUUGCUGCUCUUUUUCGGUCUUACUGGCCUGAGCAUCAUUUGCGCUAUGGCUGCGGAGCGCUACCUGGCUAUCUGCUGCCCUUACUUGUACCGGCGGUGGAGAGUGGACCGCCGUUUCGCGCAAAUCUUCCUGAUCUUCAUGUACGUCACCAACGUCCUAUUCUGCUGCCUCCCGGUGAUGGGCGCGGUGCAGAGCAACUUGCAACCUUCUGAAACCUGGUGCUUUAUCGACCUGAGGACCCCCGAGCCCCUUGCCGCGGUGUACUCAGUUCUGUACGGCGCGGUGAGCGUGAUGCUCAUCGUGGGGACCACCGCGCUCAACGUGGCCGUGUGCGGCGCACUGUUGCUCAUGCGUCGGAGGAGCGUGAGGAGGACGACCGACAGCUGCAGGAGCAGCAUAAAAGACAGGUGGAGGGCGCUCUCCUCCGCUGCCGAGAUACAAAUUAUGACCGUGCUGGUGAUGACCUCGCUCGUGGUUCUGGCCUGCUCGGCUCCGCUCGUGGUCCGUGUGUUCACCAACCGUUUCAUGCUGGAAAAUGACCCUGAAGCUGACUUAGCAGCCAUCCGGAUCGCAUCCGUCAACCCCAUCCUGGACCCCUGGAUCUACAUCCUCCUCAGGAGGUCUCUGUUUCGCCGAAUACUAAGCCUAUCCAAGCGAUGUCAAACUCACAGCAUCAGCAAAUUCACAAAACAAGAGCGUCUAUUUUAUCCUGAACAUAACAAGGACAGUCAGGCUUUCAGUCAAAUGAUUCACAUGAGCAUCAGGAUUUAG